AUGCCUAAGGAAACAGCAGACCAAGAACUCGGUGGCCUUACCGCUCUGUGCAAAGCCAACGCUGGCAUUGUUCUUGACGAGUGUGCAAGAUGCGCUGUUCUAUUGUUCGGCGGCAACGGUUAUACGCGUACGGGCAAGGGUGAGAUUGCCGAGAAGAUUUAUCGAGAAGUUCCUGGAGCCAGGAUUCCUGGAGGAAGCGAGGAUGUGCUGUUGGACUUGGCGGUUAGGCAAUUGACCAAGCAGUUCCGUGCACAACUGGCCAAAGAGACAAAUCAAGCUAAGAUUUAA